AUGCGACCCCGCAGCUGUGUCGCAACGCAACGCAGCUCCCCCGAGGCCUGCCCUCCCUUCCGGAGGUACAGCGUCUUCAGCAACAUGACCGACACGCUGAGCGACGACUCCUCGUUGAAAGAGAAGGGGUCAGCCUUCGCCCUCCCCGCUGCCGCCGUGGAUGAGACCGCCGCCCCCGGCAGGUCCCUGGCGGUCGUCUACGGCGGCCGGUGGAACACCGCCCUGAACACCGACAUCUUCAACCGGGUGUGGCUGCAGAUCGUCAAGCUGGGCAGGUACCGGUUCCACGACUGGUCUGUGAAGGCUGGUGCUCCCUCGUGCAGCAAACGCUUUCCUUAG